UCCGCAGGUCGGGUACUCGAGCGCUAGCAGGCCUCCCUGGCUCGUUCUGUUCUGGGUUUGUGCUGGUGUUGUGAAAAUCACGAUAUUUAUCAAUGGGUCGAGGCCUCGGGGGCGACUUUGCAGGGUGCUCAAAAUUCGGCCUGCUACGUACCGCCGUUGGCGUUCGACGGGGAUUUUCCAAUACUCCAGCCCCUUUUUAUCUCCUCAUGUUCGGAUUCCGUCCCACAUACAUCUCAAGCGGAGUCUCUUCUCGGACACGCAGAGUCGUCACAAAGCCCUCGUUCGUUGAGGUCUCUUGUGCUCAUUAUGGAUUUUGUUAUUGAAUCAUGGACCUAUCUUGCAAUAGACAUUGUUGUAGUUUUCGGUCGGUUUGCCCUGCGAUGGAAGACCGGGACCAUUCGCGGCUUGAGCAUGGAUGACUACCUUAUGGUCAUAGCACUUCUUCUUUACACGGCGGAGACUGCAACAGCACACUAUGUCGGAGCGUACUGGCAAGGUCUUGCCAAUAGCGGAAUGACCGACGAUCAACGAGCUGCAAUAGAUCCGGACGGUGUUGAAUACCGCCUCCGCGUUGAGGGGUCGAAAACUCAGCUGUUCGGGUGGCUUGUCUACACAGUCUUGCUGUGGACGCUGAAACUAUGUUGGCUCUUUUUCUACAGGCGACUGGGCGAAGGAGUCGAAAACAUGUCGAUCAAAACCAACAUCGGAUUUUUGUUUGUAGCUGUGACUUUCUUCGGCACAUUUUUCACUAUUCUCUGUGGUUGCUGGCCCAUUGAAAAGCACUGGCAGAUCUAUCCUAACCCCGGGAACUCUUGCCAGCCUGCCGUGUCCAGACUGCAGGCCUGGACUUUGAUCUGCACCAACUUGACAACCGAUUUCUAUAUCAUGAUGAUCCCAUUACCGAUGAUUUGGAACGCGAGACUGCCUGGACGCAGGAAGAUAGGGCUUGUAAUCCUGCUCGGCGGCGGGAUCAUCACGGCUGUAUUCGGUGGGCUGCGAUGUGGCUACGUUCUGCAGAAUAGCCCAAACGGUCCACAACUCGCAGGCGAAUGGUCGUGUCGAGAGUCCUUCGUCGCCGUAUUUAUUUCCAAUACCCCAGUUCUAUUCCCUCUGGUGCGAUCAUAUUUUAAACGUCUUCGAGCCGCCAUAACCAGGCAAAGCGGCAACACUACAACACCGGGAGGAUCGAAGAGCAACGGCAACGGCGCAUUCAAACUCUCAACUAUCUCCACCGAGGGCAAAAGAAGGAAGUUCAAGCACCCAUUGUCGCUUCCAGGAGGCACUUUCUACGAGGGAUGUGGUUCAGAGGAAGAAAUCAUGGAUCAACAGCAGGCUGGGACGGCGACAAACUCUGUGGACACGGGGUCUAGCUUCAAUCGUUCGGGCAAAGGCGACGACAUUACGGUGAGAACAGAGUGGCAGGUCUCGACUCACCAGAUGGACGCAAACGAAGCCCAAAAAGAGCGAGAGAGAGCUAUCACUGGGUUUCAUGAACAUUAAAGCUACACAACUAAUGAUGAGUGCCUACCUGGUAAGCUUGCUUUCAAAUCUUCAACGUUUGCUGGGCUGGUGUAGGCAGUCCUCGCAGAGCAGACGGAGUCAACGU